AUGGCGAUUCAGUACGUCCACAACUUCUUCCGCCGAGAUCCGGGCCGUCCAUCUAAAGACAAAAAGCUCGACCGAUUUGUUGAAAAGUCACAAGGACAGUACCAAGUUAAGUUUCUGGACGAAGAAAAGCAGUUCCUUCGAAUCACUCGGGCGUUUGUGGAGAGCAACAGCGUGGAGGAUACAAUUGAAGACGUCUUCAAGGCCAUGAAAAAGAGAGGACUCAAGAAGUACUGGCAGCGGAGGCUUACUGUGACUGGUUGCUACCCAGACCGUGUUGAGGUUAACAUUGCGGACCUGGAGGAGUGGGAGAUUUGA